CUGUGCGGCACCGCUCAGAGGGCAUCGCCCGGACACAGCAGCGGCCCUCCCCCGCCUGCCCGCUCUCCCUCCGGAGCCCCACGAGAACCCGCCGGACAUGGCGCCCCCGUGGGUCCCUGCGGUCGGCUUCACGCUGUUCCCGAGCGUCGGCGGCAUUCUGGGCUCCCGGAUCACCAGCCGCGAGGUGCCCACGUGGUACGCGACUCUGGAGCAGCCAUCGUGGCAUCCGCCCUACUGGACGCUGGCUCCCGUCUGGGGGACGCUGUACACGGCGAUGGGGUACGGCUCCUACCUGGUUUGGAAGGAGCUGGGGGGCUUCACCGAGAAGGCCCUGGUGCCCCUGGGGCUCUACGCCGGGCAGCUGGCCCUCAACUGGGCCUGGCCUCCCUUAUUCUUUGGUGCGCACCAAAUGGGCUGGGGCCUGGUGGAGAUCAUCUUGACCAGCGGGGCUGCAGUGGCCACCACCCUGUCCUGGCACCCCGUGAGCCCGACGGCCUCCCGCCUCAUGUACCCUUACCUGGCCUGGAUGGCGAUGGCCACCGCCCUGAAUUACUGCGUCUGGCGGGAUAACAAGGGCAAGCGUCGCCGUCAUCCGGAAUAAAGGGGCGCCGCAGCUUCGGGGCUUGAGAUGGGCCUCGGAAGCGAGACGAGGGUGUCGUAAAGCCGACUCGGGGCUCCUCAUUAGGGGGCGGCUUGGCAGAGAACACACCCUCUCUGUAGGCAGGGCCUCCCCCUACACGCUCCCUACCGUGUCUGAAGAUCUAACAGGAAGAUCAGGCCCUGCCUAGCCCCAGCGCUCUGAACGACCCGGGGCUCCGCGAGCCCCACGAAGCUCCGCCGAGGCCCACGAAGCUCCGCCGAGGCCCACGAAGCUCCGCCGAGCCCCACGAAGCUCCGCCGAGCCCCACGGGGCGCCGUGUUGGUUUGCUCUAGUGGCUCACCGGCCCCAACUUUUACACGCAAAAUAAAGUUCUACACCGUG